ACAAGUGGAACAAUUAAAGUGGCAAUUUUGCCUUUCGGGUAUGCCAAUAACAUGAGAGGAUGAAAUGGACAUGAAGCAAGUUUGGUUUGGUGUUGAAGUUGUCAACCGAUGGCAAUGGCGCCCUCAACUCCCUCUAGCGGCUCUGGCAAGAAGGUUAGAAAGCCUUAUACCAUCACCAAGUCUAGGGAGAGCUGGUCUGAGGAGGAGCAUGACAAGUUUCUUGAAGCUCUUCAACUAUUUGACAGAGAUUGGAAGAAAAUUGAGGAUUUUGUUGGUUCAAAGACAGUUAUUCAGAUUAGAAGUCACGCCCAGAAGUACUUUCUGAAAGUUCAGAAGAACGGGACCGUAGCACAUGUUCCUCCUCCUCGUCCUAAGCGUAAAGCUGCUCAUCCUUACCCACAAAAGGAAUCCAAAAAUGUUUUGGUGCCAUUUCCAGCUUCCCUGGCAUAUGUUUCUCCCACGUGGGAUGAAAGUUUCUUGCUCAUGAGUUCUGGAUCCAACAGAUCACUGCCCUAUCAGGAUGAACUCACCAAUCUUCAUGGAGAUGAAGCUGACAUUGGCUCAAAGGGGGUGACAAUGAUUGGCAAUAGCUGCGUUAGUGAUGUUGGGAACUCUACUAGAAAGUUGUCUGCUACUGAGAUACCAAAACAAGGGAAACAGACUCAGGUGCUUCAUGGUUUACCAGAUUUUGCUGAAGUUUAUAGCUUCAUUGGAAGUAUUUUUGAUCCAGACACAGAAGGCCAUGUCCAGAAGCUGAAGGAAAUGGAUCCUAUAAAUUUUGAAACUGUUUUGUUGCUGAUGAAAAAUCUCACUCUCAACUUGUCUAGUCCUGACUUUGUGCCCGUUAGGAAAGCCAUGUCAUCAUACGAUGCCAACACGGAAUUACGGCAGGAAUUGAUGUCAAGAAAUAGACAAAGGAUCUAUAAUGUCAAACAGCUCAACAAACAUUAAUUGAACAAGUGCGUGUUUUUUCCCCCUGAUGUUAUGUAGCUUUCCUACUACAGUGAUCAAAUUUGAAUGGAAGACUAGAGUUUUGCUCAACCAGCACACUCAUUGCGAAGCUUGUAAAUGCAACAAAAACCAUCAUCGGCCUUUGUAACCACAGCCAUGGAGAGUGAGUGUUAGAAAUGCUACCAAAACCAAAAAGAUAUGAAGGUGCACAGUGUUGCAGUGAUUAUAUUUCCAUUGUUUAAUUAUAUUCAACGAUUCAAAAUA